AUGGUUUCAACAAAUCGAAUUAUUCUUACUUUAUUUACUUCAAAGUCAUGUUCUCUUUGUGUCGAUGCAAAAUAUACAAUUGAUCAAGUGAGAAAAAAGAUUCCAUUUGAUUUUAUUCAAAAAGAUAUUAAACAUUCAGAAAAUUCUGUUUGGUUUCAUAAAUAUAAAUAUGAUAUUCCAAUUCUUCACUUAAAUGAUCAAUUCUUAUUUAAACAUAAAGUAAAGCAGGAUAAAUUAGAGUUAGUACUCAAAAAAUUUCAAGAAAAUGGUAAAAUUCCUAGUGAAUUUAUUGAUGAAGAAGUCAAACCAAAUUAA